UUUUCAGUUUUUGGUUAUGUUCUGGAGUCGUGUGUCGUGCGUGGACGCUUAGCAUGUUCCUAAUCGCAAUUCAGCAAAAGUUUCAUCAUUUUGCCUCGAUCAUCCAAUUCCCUUGAAAAAUUCCACCUUUUUUAGUUUCUCAUGUGCUGAUUAGUGUCAAUUAUUAUCUCUGUUCGUUCUAACAUAUCGGUCAAAUGCGUCAGUAACGAUGGUCUCGCCAAGUAUGACGGACACCAACGAGAGGAAACCUCGUGCCAGACCACGGCCUCGGAAACCCAACAUAUCCUCAGCCAGGAGAAAACAAGACAAUGGAAGGAACGUAGAGGUAGCCAUGAGAACGUUCGAGGAGAACAUCCGCGGAAAAAGUAGCAACACCGGUGAGAAAAAUCCUAUCAUCGGUGAGAUCCUUUACACUUUCCAAGACUCGACUGCUCCUGUUAGCGAGGAUGCGAAAGAUACUCUGAACGUUCUCAAAGAAUUUGUGAAUGUCUGCAAAGUCUCUGUCACAGCUCGACUUGUCACCGAAGAUGAUUACGUCCCUGGCAACAAUACGGUCCCGAAGAAAAGGGCCCAGAGGAAAAUACCGCCCACAGUUCAAACUCCCAAAGCAACCUCAGCAGCAACCGUACCCCCUGGAACCGUGGAAUCCAAACCCAAGGGCAGUGAAUCUAGCUGUUCUCCAGUUGUAGCCUCUGUUGCUGUUGCCAAGUCGAUAGAUGUCAAAACUCCUGAAUCUCAGAGCACCCAGAAGAAAGGCUCUGAGAUGGAUCGCAUCUCUCAUGAACCUGCAGAUUCUCAGUUACAAGUAUCUGAGCCACCUCCUUCCAACCCAACUCAAUCUCAGGAAAGUAAACUCAUAACGCCAAAACCGGACCCUCCUCAAUCUAAGGACAGUGAGUUAGUAACUCAUAAACCUGAUCAUUCUGAAGGAAGUGAUCUUACAACUCAGUGUAAGCGUAAAUCAAAUGAGUUAAAAGUUUUUAAGAAAGCAUCUCCCGUGAAAGUAUCUCGGACUACAAAUAAAAUAGAAUCUAGUCAGGACAAAAGUGAAAUGAAAUAUAAUUCAGUGACGCCUUCCGUUACCAAACAGAUUUGUGAAGAAAUCAUCCCUGGUGGAGCCGACAUAUCGUUAGGUGAUAAAGGAAGUGAAAAAUCUCCGGAGGGCAUUGAAGUGCUCGACCCGGGAGACUUUGAUUUCCUCCGCGCACCCCCAAAGAAGAAACGUAUUUCGUACUAUUCACAGCGUAAGCGAGAGUAUGGAACAAAGUAUGCUCUUCAAUCUGGAGAUACCAUCAACAAAAAAGAGAUGACAAUGCAUGAUUUGAUUUUUUACAAUCCUAAAACUAAUCCCAUGUCUAACAGUCAAGUGCCAGUGAAGAAAAAUUCUAGUCAAACUAACAUCAAACAAGAAACAAAUGAUCUUGUAGCUAGUCGCCUUGAAGAAGAAGCUAUUGAUGAUGUAGAUGAAGCAGACUCUGAAAUGCCCGUCCCACAAUUGAAGCUGAGUGCUGAUGGGAAAAUUAUUCUUGAUCCCAAAAGUCUGGUUGUUCAAACUUCAGCUGAAAAGAGUCUGAAAGCCUUGGAAAAUUCAUCUGUCAUCGAGGAAGAUGGAACAAUCAUAAACCGUUUUAGUAAGGCGAAAAAGAAGUACCACUUCUGGACACCUUUAGAAACUUUGCGAUUUUACCGUGCAUUGAACACAAUCGGAACAGAUUUUUCUCUCAUGCAGUCAAUAUUUCCGGAGAGGACCCGCCAUGAUCUGAAGAGGAAAUUCAAAAAAGAAGAGAGAACCAACAGGGAGCUGCUAGACAAAGCAUUAUCUGCAUCAGCAGAAUUUGAUGUUGACAUGCUUGAGCAAGACAUUAAAAGGGACACAGAAAGAGCAGAAAUGCAGAGAAAGGCCAAAGAAGAAGAAGCAAGGAAAAAGAAGGAAGAGAAAGAGGCCAAGAAACUGGAAAAGUUGGAAAAGAAAUCAAACCCGAAAACAAAAACUUACAAAUCGAAACGAAUUCGUAACUUGUUGCCCUCGGAUACGGGUAAAUAUGCAAGGAGAAGUAAACCUAUAUUAGCUUCUGUCCGAGAGAAAAAACCGAGGAAAGCCAAAAUUCCAAAAAAAUCUUGGUUGAAGGAGGAGCUAAGUGACACCAGCGAAGAAGAGGUCCCAGAUUUUGACAAUCUUUAUCCCAGCGAUGAUGACCUAAUAUCUCACAUAGAUCAUACAUACUCAUCCAAUCAUCGCAAACGUCUCAAGAUAGAUGACAGCGAUGAGGAAUAUGAGUGUAAGCCCAUGUUUAAGGAUAGAUCAAGGACAAAAUUAGGAGAAAAUGAGGCAGAGAGCAGUAGCACUCUUUCAAUUUCAUGCCAAAAUGAAUCGAUAGAUAAAAACAGUGUAAUUGAAGAAAGUCCUAGUCCUUUAGGUUCAUCUAAAAAUGAAUCUGCAGCUGUAAGUAUCGAAAAUCAAACCGCAGGUGAGACCACAAGCAGUGUUCAAGUUGUAAGUGAGGAUAAUUUAGUUUAUAAAUUUGUUAGUGGUCCUAAUCGGAGUGAGAUUGAAUCAACUAGUAAAAGCGCACCUUUGUAUGGUAACAAACUCAUAGGAAUCAAUCAUGAAAGUGAAAGUGAGACAGAUACUAGAAAUGAAGAAAAAGAAAAUGAGAACUCAAACGUGAAUGACUCUGUCAUUGUGAAUGAGUAUAUCAUCAUAAGCGAUCUUAGCGGAAAUCCGACCAAAUCAACAUCAUAGCCCUGAAAAUACCUAGUUUGGAGAUAGAUUGUUUUGCGAGCGGAACUCAUUGAACAAGAAGCACGCCAUAAACAGCAUAAUUUCAAACCUUUUCCAUGAGCCUUUUCAGUGUAAUUUGCAACUGCCAAGAUCAUCACUAUAAGUGUUUCUGUUAUUCCCAGAUUUUUGGUUUUGUUACAUUACAGCAAUUGACAAAUCAAAUUUCUGUACGUUUAAGUUGCUUACCUCUUUCAAAAGUUUAAGACAUUUUGAUGUAAUGCCGUAUGAUUUGUGUACUUUUUUUAAAAAAGAAAACAAUUUUAAUAUCCUCACAGAUACUUUAAUACAGAUAGCCAUGUUCUACUAUCAUUUUUUUAAUACUCGUUCACUUUCUUUCUAUUUCAAUUUAUCUAAUUAAAAUUGUGUAGACUAUUUGGAAGACUUGCACAUCUCCCCACAAAUAUAAUUUUGAAAUCUAAUCGUUUGUUUUAAAGUAUUUUAUCGAAAAAUUGUUCAAGCAUGGCGUAUUUUAUCUGUACGUUGAUUGUUGUUUUUAAACUUAUUUAUUUAUUUAUUUAUUUACUCAGUGAAAAGAACUUUAUUUGUUUUGGAAUUUUACUUACAAAGCAGCUUGUUUUUUUACCUUAAGGAUGGUAACUUUCUUUGUUUCUUUUAUUAUGCUGAAAAAUAUGUCGAGGGCCAAAGUGCAAAACUACGUAUCUCCGUUGCAAUGUUUCAAAAUUUUGGUUCCUAUUUUAUUUUUUUUUGAAGAAAAACAAGCCUACUUUAAAGCUUGUAAUUACUACAAAGUACUCUACUAAUAGAAAAGAAAAAUCAGAGAUUUUUUCAAGAAAUUAUGUUGAUUAGUUUUGGAAAGAAAAAAUAAAGUAUUACAGGAAGUCUACUACGUCACAAACUGAGGUACGCAGUUUCGCACUUUAGCCAUCAAUAUGGACUAAAUUUUGCAAUGAGGAACUGCAUACUAAUUCUUGCUCACCCUAAAAUAUCUGCCUGUAUAAGGAAACUAUAAGUAUGUGAGUUGUUUCUAAAAGGAGCCAGAACUAGUACAUAGUUCGAAAUUUUCUUCUUUACUCAUUUGCCGGGAAAUUUUCCUUUAACAAGGCAGUAUCGGCCAUUUGACCAUCAUCAGGUGCGAACUUUAACAUUGUGUAGAAAAGGUAUAGAUAUAGAACAGAAUUAAUUGUUCCCUAUCGCAAAAUGUAGUACAUAUGUAUGAACGUCAUGUGUCACAAACAACUGCACUGUCAAGUUUUUGCAGCAGAAUUUGAGGCAUUUAGACAGUCUUAACGUUGAACUUUCAUAAGUUUCAGCCCUCAUCUUCAUUUAUGUUACCUACUUUCAGAAUGGCAUUCUUUGUAUUUUUUUUAAGGUGUCACAUCACCGAAUUUGUAUUAUUGCUGUUUGAUUAAAUCAAUUUUGUAAAUGAC